AUGGCAGAUGAUGCACCUUCCGCGGCCACAGACGUUCGAAAGUGUGCCCCCACCAACUCGCAACCUCUCAUCGGUCCUGGCCAUCGUGGCAAGCAUGCCGACCUCUGCGAACAUCUUCACAGGAAGCAGGUCGCUGAGCUCUCGCACGUCUCGGAUCGUGGCACUGGCAUUCUCGGCUGGUUCAGCACUACAGCUUUGGAGGUAGCCUACUACUUCUUGGUAUGGCUCCCUCGAACCUGGUGGAACACUCUGACCAGCUUGCCCGCCCUCCUCCUUGACCCAGUCGGCCUGUGGAGUACGCUCACGUUCGCCGUUGCAACCACAUUCAUUCUCUUCAUCGGUUCGAUCGUGAGUGCUGUAUGGAGGCUCCCCGUUGUUCAGUCCGUCUGGCGACCUCUCUCUGCUAAGAAGGACAUUGGCCUUGGCAACUAUGCAUACCCUCUCAUCUUCGAAUUUGGAGCCGACCCUCAGAACAAGCUGAUUCGCGAUGCAGCUUUCGCAGUCAUGUCUGAUCCGACCGGAACUUUUGCUCGACCUUCCAGCGAUCAAGAGCGCACCUUUGACCUCGAGGUCUCUAAGCUCCUCAUGAUGCUCUCGGCUCUUGUCUACGAGCGAGACGUUGGUGCCUAUCACGAUGCUGCUCGCUCAGUGAGUCGUAGCAAAAAGAUGAAAAAGUCGCUUGUGGUCGGACAUGACACCCUUACCGACGCUGGCAAAGAUGCCUACAAAAAGCUCGGUACAGCUGAUCGCAAAAUCAACAAGGUUGCCAACAAAUGGGGUCUCAACUACGCCAGCAUCUCGGAGCUGGCCACCAACACUUCUCCCCUGUGCGGUGCCUUCUGGCAUCCGGACUACAACUUCAUCAUCCUCGCAUUCAAAGGUACCAACCCGGUCGAAUUCAAAGAAUGGGCUAUCGACUUUACCUUUGACUACACGGAUGGUCGCGCUUGGCUUCCUGGCUUCACAAAGAUCCAUGCCGGUUUUUACAACCAGAUCUUCCCACAGAAGCUCAACCACGCCACAGGUGCCUUCCCGUACUCCGAGAUCCGCUCUUCACUUAUCGAGAUCGUCAAGGAGAUUCGUGCCACAUCCUUCCGCAACCAUGUAAACCUCUACGUCACAGGACACAGCCUCGGUGCCGCUCUUGCCAGCAUCUUCUAUUCCCGCGCUAUCGCCUCCCCUAAAGACUUCGGCCUGAAUGAUGAUGGCGGCAACCAGGUGUAUGUCCGAGACGCCUAUUGCUUUGGUACGCCCAUUGUUGGUGACCCUGAUUGCAUCUCGGCGUUCAAUCAAGCCGUGCACGAUAGAGACCUCGACCACCCGCAGACGCUCUGGCGUGUCACGAACCGCCGCGACGCUGUUGCCACUUUACUCCCAGACUUUGGCGACUACAACACCCUCAGGCACAUCAGUUCGAUCAGUCAGCUUCACUUUGCCCAUGUUGGUCAGGAAGUCCAACUUACCAACGACACUCGAAAGGUCUACACUGGACCUGGCACUAUGCUUCCCGAGCAGACUCCAGUCAACAUCAUCUCGCACUUGGACCGCGGAGGCGAUGGUCCCGAGGUCGUCCUCCCGCCUAUCUUCAUGGUGCUGGAGCGUGUUCCCUUUGUGCGUCGCCUCGUUGCGCAUCUGCCCUCGUCAUAUUGGGACCGACUCACGAAGGUGCACGCUGAAUACAACGUUGAGUAUAUCGGCUGGCACUGA